GAGAAAGUGAGAAAAUUUUCAGAGAAUUUGGACCAAGUUAAGGCACCACCGCCAUGGUGGUACUUCAGGUUCAACAACCCAAUUAUGGCAUCGCCCAGGGCCCAUCACUGCAGAGAAGAAGCCAGAAAGCUCUCAGGACCGUGUGCUUGCAGACACAAGCCCUUCCCUCCAGAACCCAGAGGAUAAUGGAGAGUAUAUCCGUAAGUGGGGAAGUGGGUGGUGCUGGUGGAGCAUACUCUUAUAGUGCCCUCAAGAGGCUGGACCAGCUGUGGUCUAGCAUUUGCUCUGCUCAAACAGUUUACCAAGAACCCCGGAAAGUAGUCUCGAGUGUUCCUGGCUUGUUCAAACAUUCUGCUGUGGAUGACAAAGCAGUGGAAACAUUUGAUGUUUUAGUUUGUGGUGGUACUUUGGGGAUCUUCAUUGCCACAGCCUUGAGUGCCAAAGGUCUUCGAGUAGGCGUUGUGGAGAGGAACAUACUAAAAGGGAGGGAACAGGAAUGGAAUAUCUCGAGGAAAGAACUUUUGGAACUUGUAGAAGCUGGCAUUCUAGUAGAAGAUGAUAUCAAACAAGUUACAGCAGCGAAAUUUAAUCCUAACAGAUGUGGAUUUGAGGGGAAGGGCGAGAUUUGGGUUGAAGACAUUCUUAAUCUUGGUGUAUCACCUGUAAAGCUUAUAGAGGUAGUGAAGAGACGUUUUACAUCCCUUGGAGGAGUCAUCUUUGAGGGUUACAGCGUGUCUAAUAUAUGCAUAUAUGAAGAUGCAGCGGUCUUGCAACUAGCAGAAGGAAAUAUUUUGUCAACACGUCUUCUCAUCGAUGCUAUGGGGAAUUUUUCCCCUGUGGUAAAACAGAUGAGGGGUGGAAGGAAGCCAGAUGGAGUUUGCCUUGUUGUUGGUUCUUGUGCACGUGGUUUUACAAAUAACUCAACAAGUGAUGUCAUAUACAGUAGUUCAUCAGUCAAGAAGGUUGGAGAAUCAGAAGUACAAUAUUUUUGGGAGGCAUUUCCAGCUGGCUCAGGUCCCGUGGAUCGAACUACUUACAUGUUUACUUAUGUUGAUCCUCAACCAAAAUGCCCAAAAUUGGAAGACUUAUUGGAAGACUACUGGGAUAUGAUGCCAGAAUAUCAGGGAGUCUCUUUGGAAGAUCUGCAGAUACUGAGAGUUGUAUUUGGAAUUUUCCCUACAUAUCGUGACAGUCCAUUGCCAGCAGCUUUUGAUCGCGUUUUACAGUUUGGUGAUGCUAGCGGCAUACAGUCACCAGUUUCAUUUGGUGGUUUUGGGAGCUUGACCAGGCACCUUGAGAGGUUGUCAACUGGAAUAUAUGAAGCAAUCACUGGCAACUUUCUUGACUCUGACAACUUGUCUUUGCUGAAUCCAUAUAUGCCCAACCUUAGUGCAGCAUGGUUGUUUCAAAGGGCAAUGUCAGCAAAGCAACAGUAUGAUGUUUCUCCUGAUUUCAUCAGUGAGCUUCUUUAUGUCAAUUUCCAGAGCAUGCAGAGGCUAGGUGAUCCAGUACUAAGGCCAUUUCUUCAGGAUGUUAUACAGUUUGGGCCUCUUGUCAAGACAUUAGGCCUUGUUAUGCUGAGUAAACCUCAAAUUCUUCCAUCAAUUUUCAAGCAGGUUGGUGUUCCAGUGCUGCUUGACUGGUCUGGACAUUUUGUCAUGUUGGGUUACUAUACAUUUCUGUCAACCUUCAUUGAUCCUGCAAUUAGGCCACUGAUAAAUGCAUUUCCGGCCAAGAUGAAGUACAAGUGGAAGCGGUAUCUUGAGGCUUGGAAAUAUGGAGCUGGUUUAGAUUACAAGCAAUGAAGAGUCACUCAAAGAUGACUGAAAGCCAAGGAUGAGGAAAUGGAGUGAAGAAACCAGUAUAAUUGCAUAGUUUCCACAGGGUUUCUAUCACCUCGAGACUAGGAAGGGAACUCAGACAGAAAAAACUUCAUCUAUGAGAAUCAAUACAUCCAAAUAAACAUCAGCAUAUAUACUAAAUUGAAAUGGCUUGUAUUGGACAAUUUCUUUGAUUUUACACCUUUUAUUGACUAAUCUUUCAAAAAUUGAAAGAAAUUGGCCAAUCAAAUCACUGAUGUAUACAAUACUAGAGAUUUGUUUAAACUUCAUCUAUGAGAAUCAAUACAUCCAAAUAAACAUCAGCAUA